GAUAUGCAUACGUGAAAUUUGAUUUUAGUCUUCUAAGAAAUUUUGUUCAUAUAUUUCUAUGUACUCUCUGCAGAAAACUUGCUCUUGACAGCAGAUCAGAAAACAGUUAAACUGGCAGAUUUUGGCUUAGCACGGGAAGAAUCAUUAACAGAAAUGAUGACUGCUGAAACAGGGACAUAUCGUUGGAUGGCUCCAUAGUUGUACAGUACUGUCACAUUAAGGCAGGGUGAGAAGAAGCAUUAUAACCAUAAGGUGGAUGCUUAUAGCUUUGCAAUUGUGCUGUGGGAGCUCCUCCACAACAAAUUGCCUUUUGAAGGCAUGUCAAAUCUUCAGGCAGCAUAUACAGCUGCUUUCAAGAAUGUGAGGCCUAGUGCUGAAAACCUUCCAGAAGAGUUGUCUAUAGUUUUAACUUCAUGUUGGAAAGAGGAUCCAAAUGCUUGCCCUAAUUUUAGUCAAAUUAUCGAAGUGCUACUAAACUAUCCGUCGACCAUUUGUCCUCCUGAACCCAUGAUUCCUCCUCGAAUUUUCCAUUCUGAAAACACCAUCUUGCCACCAGAAUCUCCAGGUGCAAGCUCUUUGAUGGCUGUCCGUGAUGACUAUGGGGAAACCCCCAAAGCAGGGUCUGAAAACAAGCCACGAAGUUUCUUUUUCUGCUUUGAGUGCUGUUAAUUCUUUUGGUGAGAAAAGGAAAGACGAAAACAAGAAGUCAGUAGACAAAAGGAAUUUGUACUGAAAGUAUAUUUUGAUGAUGUUAGCCAAUUUUAAAUGAAUAAAUAAAUUACAUUAUGAUUGAUGAAACCAUGCCGUGCUAUAAUUUGAAGCUACUGUAAGUGGGAUCAGAGUUCUAGGUGAUCAUAAUUAUACAUUUAUCAGAAGAUAGAUCUUUGGACACAAAAGGUACCGAUGAUUUCUUAAUCCCUUUUUUUUUUCAUUUGAUCCCUUACUCUCAGUGCAGCUUCACAUCUAUCAACUGAUGCAUCAAAGUUAGACAGAAGUAAACACACUAUGUGACU